AUGGCCGAUGAAAUCCAAGUGACAAAAGGAAUAUCCCACGACCCUGUGGUCGAUGGCUUCUCACACCAUGCUGAGAACAUCGCUCAUGACCGCGAGCCCUAUGGCCCCCCUGGUCUUCGGGGACUAGUGGCCAACCCAUUCGUGCUGCUUUGUGCAGCCUGCUCAACACUAGGAGGUCUGUUGUUCGGUUAUGACCAGGGUGUUGUGUCAGUCAUUCUCGUCAUGGACCAGUUCCUGACUGAGUUUCCCCGAGUCUCGGAGACUGCCUCAGGAGCAGGCUUCUGGAAGGGACUUUUGACUGCUAUGAUUGAACUAGGUGCUUUGAUCGGUGCGUUGAAUCAGGGUUGGAUUGCGGACAAGAUUUCACGCCGCUAUUCGAUUCUUGUGGCCGUUGCUAUCUUUACUCUUGGUUCUGUGUUGCAGACUGCUGCAUAUGGUUAUCCCAUGUUGACUGUUGCUCGGUUUAUUGGUGGUCUUGGGAUUGGUAUGUUGUCGAUGGUUGCGCCGUUGUACAUUUCUGAAAUCAGCCCUCCUGAAUGCCGUGGAACCCUACUUGUCCUUGAAGAAUGGUGUAUCGUGCUUGGUAUCGUGGUUGCCUUCUGGAUUACCUACGGAACCCGCUACAUGGCCGGGGAAUGGGCUUGGCGUCUGCCGUUCUUAUUGCAAAUGAUCCCAGGCUUCGUCCUCGCUGCUGGUGUCUACAUGCUACCGUUCUCACCCCGUUGGCUCGCUUCCAAGGGCCGCGAUGAAGAAGCACUCCUCAGUCUCAGCAAGCUUCGCUCCCUCCCGCCAACAGAUAGACGUGUUCGCCAAGAGAUGUUGGACAUCCAGGCCGAAGUACGUUUCCACCAGGAAACCAACAAAGAGAAGCACCCGAGCUUGCAAGAAAAAAGCACCAAGAACUCAUUCUUGCUGGAAAUGGCUUCUUGGGCCGAUUGUUUCAAGAAGGGAUGCUGGCGUCGGACCCAUAUUGGUGUUGGACUCGGUUUCUUCCAACAGUUUGUCGGUAUCAACGCUCUCAUCUACUAUUCCCCAACCCUCUUCAAGACAAUGGGUCUCGACUCGAGCAUGCAGCUCAUUAUGUCCGGAGUCCUUAAUGUGCUGCAGCUGGUUGGUGUUACUACUAGUAUUUGGACUAUGGACUCGGUUGGUCGUCGCAAGCUGCUGCUAGUUGGCGCAGCUCUCAUGGCCAUCUCACACAUUAUCAUCGCGAUUCUGGUUGGCAAGUUCUCCAACAACUGGCCAGCACAUCGGCCCCAGGGAUGGGCUAGUGUGGCCAUGCUGUUGUUCUACAUGAUCGCAUUCGGAGCUUCUUGGGGUCCGAUCCCAUGGGCCCUGCCAUCCGAAAUCUUCCCAUCCUCUCUGCGUGCCAAGGGUGUGGCUCUGUCAACUUGUUCCAACUGGCUGAACAACUUCAUCAUCGGCCUUAUCACACCCCCUCUCGUCCAAAACACCGGAUACGGAGCCUACGUUUUCUUCGCCGUAUUCUGUGUCCUAGCCGGAAUCUGGACCUUCUUCUUCGUCCCCGAAACCAAGGGCCGCACUUUGGAACAAAUGGACCAUGUCUUCAAGGACAACUCCAGUGCAACAGACCAGGCAAAGAGGCACGCCAUUGAGGUGGAGUUAAUCCGCGCACAGCAGGAGGUUGCCCACCGCGAAAUUGCAUGA